CAGUUGAUGAGGCAGAAGUUGCUCAUCCACCAGUUGAUGCAGCAGAAGUUGAUCAUCCACCAGUUGAUGCAGCAGCAGUUGAUCAUCCACCAGUUGAUGAGGCAGCAGUUGAUCAUCCACCAGUUGAUGAGGCAGCAGUUGAUCAUCCACCAGUUGAUGAAGUGAAAGUUGAUCAUCAGCCAGUUGAAGAGGGUCUACUUAAUCAUCCACCAGUAGGACAUUCACCAGGUGAUGAGGCAGUAGUUGAUCACUGUCUAGUGGAUGAGGCUUCAGUCCAUCAUCCACUAGAAAGCAAAGCUAUUGUAGAGCCUACAGCAGUAGAUGCCAGUAGGGAUGACCAUCCAUCAGAAAAUAACACUAAAAUAGAGCCUCUAUCAGGUGGGGAUACAGUAGCUCACCCAGCAACUAACAAUACUCUUACUGAUCACCCAUCAGCUGAUGAUUGUCCUUUUGGUCAGCUACUUGUGGAUCAGCCACAAACUGAGGAUACUCAGAAGGACUAUCUACACACUGGUGAUUCAGUUGUUGAUCCAGAAGCUACCGAGGGCUUAGAUCAAUCACCAUCUGAAUCCAUCUUGGAUCAACCUGCAACCAAGGAUGCAGUUGUUGAUAAUCCAGCAGCUGAGGUGUAUCCAGCAGCUGAGGAUAAUAAAACCGACCUUCUGUUGGACAGCAUGCUUAAUUCUGCAGACAUUAUUGACAAAACAGACACAGCUGUUGAGAUUCCAGUUUUUAAGCAUGAACAUGUGGAUUCUGCAGACUUUCAUACAACUGAUGAAGUUUCAGAAGGUGUUCAUAAAGCAUCUGAGCUUUCAGUGGGCAUUAGUAAUACAACAGAGAUUACAGACAGUAUACGUGCAAUGUCUGUAGCUACAGAUGGUAAUCAAGCAACAGCUGAGGGCAUUCUCCAAAAUACAGAGGCUAUAGAUGAAAGUAUUAUAACAUCUGACUUCACAGAUAGACAUACCAAAGCUGAGGUUACUGAAGACAAAUGUGCUACACCUGAUAGUAUGGAAUGUGGGCCUUCCAAAGUACUAGUAGAUGUUGCAGUUGAGGAGAGUGAUGUUAACCUUGGUCCUGAGGUGGCUGAAACUCCAACAGAAGGUACUAGUGUUUCUGAACUUUCUAUUGUUCAAGAUGAGUGUAUUACAAAUGAGCCAUCUGUAUCUGAGUCUGACUUUAAAGAAACCAUUUCUCCUGCAUCUGAAACAGAAAUAAUAAAAGCAAACACAGGGGAAACAGAGCCAGACAUUUUCCCAUGUGAAGGAUUGCCACCAAAUGAAGACAGAACUGGCAGUGAAAAUGAGGGUCCCAAUGCAUUUGAGCACAAAUUUGAAGUUGUUAGUGAUAUUAAAUCAUUAACCAGUCCUGUCUCUAAUGAAGUGUCGACUGUAGAUGGAAAUGGUGGUGUUUGUGAAAAGAUAGUUGAAAGUUGUAGACCCGAUUGCAAUAAAAGUAGUGAAGUAACACAGAGUGGGGUUGAGUCUGUAGUACAGUCUUCAUAUGAAACUGGAAACCAACAUGUAGUUGGCAACAGCUCUGAUUUUGAAAUUGCACAAGAUAGUACUGGAUUCCAUCAACCAACUAGUACAUCACAGCAACUAGAAACUAAAAUUGGUGAGGACAUUAGUUCAGAAGCUGAAGUUUUAAAAGAGAAAAGUCCACUGAUGACUGACGAUACAGAGAAGAUGGACAGAAAACCAGAACCUGUAACAUUGUGUCCUCUUUGCAUGAAGACUUUUAAUCAGCCAUUAGAUGUACAUCUUGCAGAGUUUCACAUUUGUAACCACUUCAUUCCAGCAAAAAGAACACAGGCUUAUAAGUUGCAUAUGCUUCAAAGAGUUAAAGACAUCUCUCGUGUAACAGAGGCGAUUGACACUCAGGAAUUUGUAUAUGUUUGUCGUUCUUGCCAGUUUGCAAGUAAGGAUAUUAAUGCAGUCAGAUUUCAUGUUAACAUUCAUGAGGAUGUUUAUCAAGCCAUUCCUGGCAAAAUUUCUUGUGAAUGUAAUCAGAGGAAAUAUUCUUAUCCAUUUCAUAAAUGGAAACACCUACUUCAUUGCAGUACUUAUGAAUGUAUGAUAUGCAAUUUCUAUUUUGCAUGUGAAAAAGGACUUUUGAAUCACCUUCAUGCUUUGCAUUUUAGUGAAGGCACUUGUAACAGUUGUAAAAUGGAAGUAACACGAGACAGCAUGUUAGCACAUGCUUGUCUUACCUCAUGCAAAAAUGAUUCAGAAACUCUGGAUUUGGAACCAGAGGAAUCAAAUAUAAACUUCAGGUUUGGAUUGUCAUGGAAUACCCUUGACAAUUAUAUCAACUAUUUAGAUGGUAAAGAUUUUAGACUAAAUACUUCUUCUAAAUUGAUGGAUCCUAAUCUUGAUAGAAGUUACCUGAAAUUUCCAAUAAAAAAUGUGCUAAGUGAAGCAGUAGUACCUGAUGAAGUAAAGUUGGACCCUGGGAAAGAUAUUGGAAAGUAUAUGAAGGGAAAGAAAAAUAUCAAGCUAACCCUCAGUGAGGAAAGCUAUGGCAUUGUGAAGAACUUUCAUUUAUCAGUACAGUUUGAUCUUGAAAAGAAGUUAGGCAGAAAGGGAAGAAGGGGCCAAGGUUUCAUUCCAAGAGCCAAGCGUGAGGAUGAUUUAUUUGAUGUUUUGGGUUUGGGAACCAUUCGAUCGAGAGGAUCUAUGAGACAAGAGCUGGGUGAUCCUUCUAAUAGUCCAAGAACAAAGAAGGGCAGAAGCAAGGCCAAACAAGAAGCAAAUAAGGAGGAAAGUGACUCUCAUGGACAGGACUUACCCAGUCUAACUCGCACGAGAUCAGGAAUGCAGCCUGUGCGAGAAGGGGAUGACAAGAUUUAUGAAACACCUGGUCCACAAUCUGAGCCAGGGAUUGUGAUUGAUGGAGAGUGGACCAAAAAUCACACAUACAUUUGCUGUUCUUGUGGAGCAGGAUACUUGGAUCUUGCUGACAUGAUGGACCACAAAUGGGAGUCACAUCCGUCGGUGUGGUGUGCUCAUACCAUGAUUCAGGGGCAGGGAGAUGUCCCAGCUAGCUUCUGCAGACAGUAUCAGCCACCUACCUCUCAACCACCCAAACUUCCACUACCUGGUACCACUCCCAAACAAACCCCCUCCAGUACACCAAGUCGAAGGAAUUCAGAUGCAAACACACCUACCCCAGCUGAGAAGCCUCAGUACAUCUGCUCGCUUUGUAAGCUCGAGUUUCAAGAAAGAACUCUGUUCCAUGCACAUUUGGUAGAGUGUGGAGGCCUCAAUCAUGUGGCAUCUUCCAAGAAAAAGAAUAAGAAAGGUUUCAGGUUCAAGCGACGCAAGGGUCAGGGCGUACCAAGCAACCGUUACGGCAACAGUUCCCAGCCCGGCACUCCACUCAAGGCAAAGCCGGGUGAUAGGUCAUCAGGCCUCAACACUCCACAGCUGGACAGGACCUCGCAGGGGGCCUUCCAGUCCUCAGGUGUCAAACGUCGCCUCGAACUGGCCGUCGGCUCCAUUGACAAUGCCGAGCUGAAGAAUCGCUUGAAGGCCAUCAUCACCGGGUCGAGGAAAACUACAGGGAAUGUGGCUGGUAUGUCCAGCCGCCGAACUAUCAGAAUGAAAUUGCGUAAGAAGGCACUCGAGACUAAGAGACUCAGGAAGACAAGGCACAGUGACAGAGUUAAGGAGAAUGUCUCAAAGCAACAGGAAAAGGGGAAGGAAGAGGGAGGCAAAGAGGAGAAAAAGGGCAAGGAGGAAGGCAUAAAGACCCAAGCUAAAAAAGGCAAAGAGGAAACUGCUAGAGAGGAAGAGAAAGAGGAGGAAAAUUCUGCUAAAGGCAAAAAAGUGAAAGUGACAAAGAACGUAGAGGGGAGUGGAGAAAGUUCUAUGAAAGACAAGGAAAAAAAGGACAAAGUUGCUGGUGGGAAGGGCUUGAAGGAUGAGAAUGGUGACAGUGAGAAUGACAGUGCAAAGAAAAUUACAAGGAGAAGAGGAAGUGCAGAGCAGCCAAAGCAGAGUAAAAAAGCCAGAAGUGUUAGUGACAAGGUGGGGAUGAACCAAAAGGUCAUGAAGAAAAAACAGACCAAGGGGGAGAGUAGUGAACCGGUGCCCAACAUCAAAGAGCUUAGUACAAAGUCUACCUCAGAAACCAUUGAUGUUUCUAAUAAUCUGAAAGUGACCAAGAAGAAGUCCAAGUAUAAGGAUGUAAAUAAAGAGAUUUUACUAGAAGAGAAAAGAUUACAAGCCUUGAAGAAGAUGAAUGGUGUAGUGGGACUUUCUGAUAGGGAACUGCAACCUGUGUGUAAGAUCAAGGAAUUGAAAAGCAAAACAAAGGUACCAGGGAGCAAAGUUGGGAGAAAACCCCUAAACCAAAAUCCAGGCAGCCAAGUGAUAGCUGAGGUAAAUUCCCAGAAAAAGAUCAGUGAUAAAAAGGAGCAGACUGCCAAGAAAAAUAUUGAAAACAUACGCAAGUCAGGAAUUGGCAAGGUAACUAUGUUAACAGGCAAAAAGAUCAAAGGUAGUAGAGCUCUUUCGGACUUGACCAUUGUCAAGGUUGCCAAAAAAAUUGGUAAAAAGAAGCAAGUAGGUAUGGAAACAGGUGUCCCAAUGGAAAAUGAAAUCAUAGUGCCGCUUUCCAUGCCUGCUGAAGAGAAAGAUGUUCUGGUGCAAAAGAAGGGUGUCAAAGCUAAGAAGUAUUUGACUGAGAAGAAAAUUGCCUUAACCAAGAAAAGAUCAGCAGUUCAUGGGAAACUGAACACUGAUGAAGAAUCAGGGGAUAGCCAAGAACAGAGUCUAAAAUACAACACAAUAAAAGCACCAGAAACAAGCGAGUUAUAUGACAUGAAGCUGAACAAGGAGCCUGUAAAGAAAAGUGUGUACUUAAUCUCAUCAAGUGAAGAGACAGAGGAUGAAUCUGAUGAUUCUGAGCCUGAAGUGAGCCGCAACUUCCGUACUGGUAGGCGCUGUGGUGGCAGGAUGGGGCUCAGGAACAAAAGGAAGCCACAGAACCAGCGCUAUUCUUUUAGGUCUUGUCUGGACCCAGAAGAAACUGAGAAUGACAAGGAUGAAAGAGAAAUAGUGAAGGAGAGCACUGUGCUAAAAACAAAAAUUGAAGAAACAAAAGAUGAAUUGCCAUUGACCCCUAAGAGAAAGCGCAAAAUAGCAAACUAUGAAGAUGAUGAUGAUUUCACUUACAUGCCCUCAGGAAAUUCCACAGACCUUGAAGAGGAAUCUUCUGAUGGCUUAGAGGAAUCAGAGAGAGAGAUUUCUACCAGCCUACGAAAGAGAAGGAAGACCACCGUGCUGAGUUCUGACAGCGAAGGCCGCAAGCCUGCCAGAAGAGCAACAUUGCAAAGAAGGGGUAGCACACUCACCAGUGAAGGGGAGACCUUUGACGAUUCCUAUGAUGAGAAUGCGACCAAACCCAUAAAUACAUCACUUUAUUUAGACGUUUCCAAGAAUUCUAAGGUGCUGAUCGAAAGAAAGAUACCAAAGAAAAAGAACAUGAGAUUACAAUGUCUAGUUUCUCAGGCUAUGAAGAGUGAGGAGAAUCUUGAGAGACUUGGGCAGAAAGGGUCGAAAAAGAACAGGGAAAGUAAUCAAUCUGUCAUCGGUAGCAGUGAAGAUGAGAGAAGGACUUCAGGGAAACUGAGAGUAAGAAAAUUGCCUAACACAACAGAUGAUUCGCAGGAAAGUGAAAGCACAGUAGAUGAUGAUUGUGUAGGUAAGGUAACUUCGGUACCUGUUCCCACCAAGAGAAAAAAGACAACUAAGAAACCUGUCCUAGCAUUAACUCCUCUUGUAGAAACCAGUUUGGCCAAUAACAUUCGUAAAUAUGAUGACGACGACGAUGAUGAUGAUGAUGAAGAUAACUUACCUCUUGCUACUAUUGCUCAACUAAAAGGUCGUAGUUUACCUAGAAGAAUAGCCAUGUCGAAUAUAAUCAAGGAAAAAGUUAAAAGUGUUGCCGUCAAGAGCAGAAAGUUGACUAGUGGUGUUCAAAAGCAUUUGCCUAGACAAGUCAUGGAUACAGGCACAGCUGAUUCUGAAUCCUCAGGCUUUGAAGGUUUUGUUCCUGUAUCUAUCAAGAAAAAUAAGAGAAGAAUAGGUUUGAAACACAAAUCCAAAAUCACAGUCCCAAUGGCAGCUUCAGAAAAUGAGCUUGACACAAGUAGCAACACAGAAUUAUCUUCUUCCCCAAAACCAAAAAGAAAAUGCACUGUGUCAAAGAAAAUUGAAAAUAAUUCCACAGAAAUCCUGGUGUCCAAAAGUACAAAGGACAAAAACAAAAUCUUUUAUACCAAAGCAAAUAAUGAAGAGAAACCAAAUGCCUUCAACAUACAGUCUUCAAAAGCAAGUCAAAGCAGCACAAAUCUAGAAGCAGAAGCACAGCAGAACAGCACAAAUCUAAAAACAGAUACACAGAAGACUAGGAAAUAUAUCAGAAAGUCAACAGAAACUCUCACAGCAAUGCCUGUUCUAGAACCUCUUAGUUGGCAAGAAGCAGAUUCUGAGACGCCAUCAACAGAUACUGGAGAUAUUUUGAGCAGUAGUGAAGGUGAUAUCUCUCAGAAACAGCCAGCCAAGGUGAGGAGGAGGAGAUCAUCAGUUGAAAAAAUCAAAGACAUUCCAACUAGAUCAUCUGCCAUACUGUUGCAAGAGACUCCAGCCCCUCUGGAUUUGAAAGCUGUUGGCACAAGUGGUAAUCUUAAUGAACCUACAGUAUUGGAGAACAUACAACCUGUGUGGAAAAACAAAGUGCCAGUUCCACCAAAACCAAGGAAGAGAAGAACCAAGUCAUCUCAUGAAUUGUUGCCGCAGAAUGAAUCAACUGUAAAUGUUCCUCAAGAAAAUGAAGUGGCUAGUAAAACAGAUGUUGGAAAAGUCAAAAAGGCAAAGCGAAAGCGAGCUUCCUCCAUGUCUAACAUACCUGGUGUGGAAGCUGAGAACUUGAAAAAUCCUCUGAGAGUGAACACAGGAGGAGGCUCUAAAAAUGUCAGUGCCAAAUCACCAAAGAAGAAUUCUGAAGGUCAGAAAAGAAAGAAGAAUACCCCAAAGGAUGACAUGCACGAUCUGAAAUGUGUAGAUUGUGGCUUACGAUUUGGAUCUGUUGCUUCUCUGGAGGAUCACCAACAGGAUUGCGUAACAAUAGCCUUUGAAAUGAGUUUGAUGGAGGCUGAGGACCACCUUUUUGAGUGCCCACAUUGCCAUUUAACCUUUGCACUUAAAGGCACUCAAAGAAAACACACCACCUCUUGCCGCCUUGCCAAAUCUAAGAAAACACCACAUCGGAAUGAUGUAAAGGCCAUGAAAAGAAUGAAUAGAACUGCAGCUGCUCCUCAAGACCCACUGCUUCCUGAUGCAGCAGAUUCAAGUUUAGUGGCCAAUCCAUGCCAGGGAGCACCAGUCAAGUCCAGGAGACGAAGCAAAGAAAAUGUUGCUAGUGAUGAGGGAGUGAAUGCAGCAUCCCCACUGAAGGACAGCUUUAAACAGAACUUUGUCAACAUUUCUGAGGUAGCAGACAAAAGUGAUAGUGAGAAACAAGUGGAAAAAAGUAAAAAAUUGACUCCUAUUCCAUACAGUAAGAGUAACUCUAAAGUAAGAAAAGAAUUGCAAACAAAUGGACAACUAGAAAACUUUGAAGGUGUAGAUCUGUUUUGUUUAACAAAAAUUGAUGGUGUUCAGAAAUGUUUAGUGUGUGGAUAUGAAGUUUCAGAUAAAGAGUCAGUUGAUAAACAUCGAUUAUUACAACAGUUUACCCAUCACUGUCAACAGAAGACUGUUAUUGAAGUGUGUGCAUUAUUAACCAAUUACAAUCUUAGCAUUGACACUGUGCGAACGUUGAUAACCUCUGCCAGCAUUCUCCAUGGCUCUACAGUUUUAAAUCUUGAUGCCAAACAACAGUCUUAUGCUGAAAAUAACUCUGUUAGUACUGUUUCAGCAAAUAGUUGUGCUUUGCAAUUGAAAGAACUGCUAACCUCCCCACACUGCACUCGGAUUCUCUCAGUACUUGACACCAUAGCCAGUCACCACCGAACUAGCAGAACAGUGAGUAUUAGUGGGACCAGACAAGAGGCACUAAAAGCUGUUACAGCCCUUGAAGAAUUAUUGAAAGAAGUCUCUGAAAUUGAUAAUUCUAUUAAAAAGAACCGUAUGUUAAAGUCUAUGAGAGAAACUUUUGAAGCAGGGACAAUAAACUGAGUAUUGGCUAAAAAUAAAAUUUUAAAGGUUGUGAAACAAAUCUUAUAUAUUCGUUAAAUUGCAUGCAAUAAUGAUUUGUUGAAUUUAUAGUAUGCUGAAUAUUAUAUGUAUUAACAAGGGCAUUUUAUAUAAGCAGUAUAAAUAUUUGUAAGAAAAAAGGAAACAUAAUCAAAUACUUGAUCAUAUCUGUAUAUCACAUAUAAAAUGUUUACAUGCCAGAACUACCUGUAUGCUUGGACUCUUACCCCCACAAAAAAUUGUGUUAAGAUGUUGGAUAUGAAAAUAAUUUAGGAAUCAAAGUAUUUAUUGUAGACUAACAAUUUGUAUGAGAAAAUGGUAUGUAUUUAUGUUAAUGUUAGUCUAGAAUAAAUUAUUAAGGAGAUUUGAUUCUUUGAGUGAGAACAUGCCACGCACAUUGCACCAUGUGUAUAGGAUAGAGAAUAUUGGUAGUUUAAAGGCUAUUUCCUUUUUCCUAUGGCAGUGUGAGUGUAGCCUCAGAGACCCACUCAUGGAAAUUACUUCUGUGCUUUUAUAUGAACACUUCAUGGAAUGAAUGUCAGCCGGGAAAUGGAUGUGUUGAAAAACUCGGCAUUACUCAUCAAAAUUUGAUACGCAAAGAUUAUGCAGUUUUCUGUAUGCCCCUAGGAAUUCUCGACAGUAUACUUUUUUUUUUUCUUUUUUUUCUUCUUUCUUACUUUUACUUUUCUUGUGGUUUCUCAAAACCAGGAGGUGAUGUGUCCUGUUAGCAGUAUUGCAUUAGACAUCUCUAGUGAUUGGUGGCAUCCUGACGAUGCACAUAUUGAAAAAAAAUGUGCACACUUGGUGUCGUUUUGGAUCCAGUAAUAUAUAUAUAUAUAAUAUAUUUCUAUCGAAACUUGCUUAGACAUAGACAUUUGUAGGGAUAUGAAUUUUAGAUAUUGUAUCUAAAUGUCUCUUGAUCUCAGAAUAAGUCAGAUUUAACAUGUACAGUUUCAGUGAGGAGAUUAUCUAUGAACUAAUGUUUUAGCCUUGCUAAAACCAGUGUGCUCCAAUGAGGUUCUUAUAUUUUCUUGCAUGGAUGCUGCUGUACAGAGGCACACCUCAAUUAUUUUUCUGCUUCUCGUGAAUGAAAAGCAGCACAUGCUUACAGAUAUUUAUAUAUAUUUUUUGUUUUGUUUUGUUUCUUCAAACUUCCUGUAUUUAGGAGUAAAUACCUGACAGCAGUAGAUUACUCUUCUGUCACUUAUAAGACUUGUGCUGUGUUGUGUGUAAGUUUGUCUUUUCAUAUUAUUUAUAAAAUGCAUUUUUGUACUAAACUGUAAUAUAAAAUAAAUGGAGGUGCAUGACUUUCAUAA